UAAUCUUUGAAUUCUUAAUAUUUUGGGCAGCCCACUUGGUUUUAACAGUUCGACUUCUAAAUAUAUAAUAUGUGAAGUUCUUUUAAGGCGCUUGUAAUUUCAAGUGAAAAAAGUGUAUUUUUACAUAAGCCGAGCCUUUAAUGUUAUGCUUACUGCUUUGAGUGUAUAUAAAUACACUAUCAUUAAGACAAACAAGAAGGAAGGCUUAUAAAACCUAUAAAACAAUCAUGCUUUUGCAUGGUUACUUAUUACUAUGCCUUUGAACGGCGUUCUUAAUGAAAUGAAAUGUACCGUAAAAUUGUAUGACAAAAAUUGUUUUCUAUAUACAAUAACAUACAUUCAAAAUAUAGUGAUGUUCACUAUGUGGCAUUCUAUUUUAAUUCUAUGUCCAAUAUUUUUAUAAACAAACAAUUAAACUGGUGGUUCUAUACGACGGAGUAAACAUUGUAUAUUAUAUGCAAAAACAGAUUAAAAAUCAUCAUAUAUAUUGACUUUGACAUUGUCUUGUAAACCGCACCUGCCAAACUAAGAAGUUUAUCCAAGGGAUUGCAUCGUAAUGAAUUCAUUUCAAAGUGCUAUAAAGAAGAAACUGGAAAAAAGUGGGCUAUUAAAGAGAAAUUUGCUCGAGCGGUUAUACAGUGUAUUCACAUUAACGGCUAAGAAGCUGAUUGGCAUAUUGCCCAGUGAGGCAAGAUUAAGAUUAGAGAUUCUACAAAAGGAGUACAUCAAACAGUUCUUUUUUGAAAAGCGCGUGGGAAGCGGAGGAACUUGCUUAAAGUCAUUUCCAUGUUUUGGAUGAUUAAUAAAGAACCGGAGUAGAAGUAUUGCAUCAGAAAGGCAGUCUCUACAUCUGUCAGUUCACUGGGCGCAAAUUGUAUUAAGAGAUCGUCAGCGCAAGAAAACGCGUCUUAAACUGUUAACGGAUAAUCAUGUGCCAUUUAGAAUUAAUGCACUAUCUCGAUUCAUAUUUCUGCGCAAAUUAAGCAGACCGAACUGUGCUAAAAUGAUGCUAGAGAAAUUUAUUAGUGGUUUUCCAUACUGCUUAAGAGAGAUACUUUAUAAAGUCCAGAUGUGCAGCUGACAUUGUAGUUGCCCAAAUUUCUCAAGUCUCAAACCGAAUAGCAUUACAAUACAUUCAAGCUUUCGUUGACUGUUGCGAAAUUACUUUCUCCCUUCAUUUUCAAUUGUUUAAAAGAUGUUUUCUAGUCAGGGCAAGGCUACAGAUAUUGCGAAUUAUCGCAGUGAGACGUUGCAGCUCAAUUCAUUACCAAACUUGGAUGAAAAUUCAAAAUUUGAAGUUUCGGAAUUUGAAACGGAGGAGGAUCUUCAGUUUCCUCGAAUUGCCGCUAAAAAUAAUCUCUUGAAGCUAAGUUGGUGGCAUUCUCCCGCUGAAGUGCAUGAAGUCGAGGCAACAAUAGUGCAGCCUAAAAGAAAUGAUAAAGGACCCAACAAUAUAACGAAAAAGCUUGAGAACAAUAAUACUUUAGUUAAUGGCUGUAUUAACACUCCAACAAGAUCUGUUUCGUUACUCCAAUAUAUUUGUCCUGACCAGGAACGCGUCAGUGUAGUACAAGAAGCAAGCAUUCUCGAGCCCAUCGUUGAUGAAUUUGAUCCGAAAGACUCACACCGACUUGUUGAUGAUUCCAAACCAUGUACUGGACUGUUAAAUCAAGAUCAGGAGGAUCAAAUGAACGUAAGCGGGUAUCGUCGUUCCCAUGUACGAACUGCUGUUUGCUGGGCUUGUAUUCUCUUAACUGGUGGUCUACUGCGCCUCGUGUUACAUUGGUGGCGUCAUUUGUAUCUGUAUGCCACAUCCAGUCAGUGUCCCUUGGAGGAGGCAGAACAAGUUUUGGUAACCGAGGAUUAUCAAGGAAAGCACAAAUUGUAUCACGUAAAGCGGAUUCAAGUACUAACUGCGAACCACCUUGAGACACUAUUGCUAAAGGAACGUCAGGGCACAGAAAGCAUGCAUUUAGGAAGUGAUAAUGUAGAAAACGCCGUGCAACUAUCGGUUCAUUUUACUUCGGCGCAAUUUAAAAGAUGUUCAAGCUUACGAAUAUUCCGGUGCAAGCAACUGGUCUAUGCCUGGAACAACAAUCUGAAUUGUUUCCAAAGGAUAAAUGGACUCGAUCUUAACAUUCCGUGUUCAUACUAUCACCAACAACGUGGCUUAACUGCUACUGAGCAGAUUUCGAGGCGGAUUGUUUUUGGGGACAAUGAGAUAACUGUGCCGUUGCGGGAUAUCAAGACAUUGCUUUUCCUGGAAGUGCUUAAUCCGUUUUACGUUUUUCAAAUAUUCUCAGUCAUACUGUGGUUUACAUAUGAUUAUUAUUAUUAUGCUUGCGUAAUACUUUUGAUGUCAAUAUUUGGUAUAACGAUGUCUAUUUUGCAAACGAAAAAAAAUCAAGAUGUACUUCACAAAACGGUAUAUAACACUGGUAAUGCUUUGGUUGUUGAUCCUAGGGGUCUAUCCAAGGAGUUUCCAACGCGAGCCCUAGUACCGGGAGAUAUAAUUGAAAUUCCAUCUUCAGGCUGCACUCUGCAGUGCGAUGCAGUAUUAUUAUCGGGAAAUUGCAUCCUAGAUGAGUCUAUGCUUACUGGUGAAAGUGUGCCAGUGACUAAAACUCCUUUACCAUCAAAGCGUGACGUGAUAUUUGAUAAAACCGAGCAUGCCAGGCAUACACUUUUUUGUGGAACAAAGGUUAUUCAGACUCGCUAUAUUGGAUCAAAAAAAGUAUUGGCAUUCGUGAUAAACACUGGAAACAUAACAGCUAAGGGAGAACUAAUACGAUCUAUUCUUUAUCCCCCACCGGUUGACUACAAAUUUGAACAAGAUUCUUAUAAAUUUAUUCAGUUUCUGGCAGUAAUCGCUUGUGUUGGAUUUAUUUACACGCUUGUUACAAAAAUAUUGCGUGGCACGGAUCCCGUUAAAAUAGCAGUUGAAUCUCUGGACCUUAUUACUAUCGUAGUUCCACCAGCACUGCCAGCUGCAAUGACAGUGGGUCGUUUCUAUGCACAAAAGCGGUUAAAGGCUAGUGAAAUAUUUUGCAUUUCCCCUCGGUCUAUUAACGUAGCAGGAGGAAUAAAUUGCUGUUGUUUUGACAAGACUGGUACUCUGACUGAAGAUGGACUUGAUAUGUGGGGGGUAGUGCCCAAAUCAUCAACAAAUCAGUUUCAAAUACCGUUAAAAACCGUGGACCGCUUGCCUUACGAUCAUUUUCUUUUCGGCAUGGUAACGUGUCACUCUAUAACAAUAAUGAACGGCACAAUGAUGGGGGAUCCUUUGGAUUUAAAAAUGUUUAAUUCUACGGGUUGGACAUUAGAAGAUUCAAAAAACAUACCAGAUAAUGAAAAAUAUGGUAUACUUUAUCCAACUAUUUUAAGACAACCAAGGCUUUGCUUUUCCGACUUGACUUCACCGGAUUCGGGAAGAAAGAGUCAAAUUAGCCGUCAAUCAUCUGUAGACGAUUUGCUAGCGACUGUUGGUAUCUCGCAAAAUCAAAAAAAUUUUGAUCAUGGUAUUGUUCGAGAAUUUCCAUUUACUUCGAGUCUUCAGCGAAUGUCCGUUAUUACUCGUUGUCUUAGCGAUCAAGUAUUCAAUGUUUACUGUAAAGGUUCUCCAGAGAUGUUACAGAAGCUUUGCACACCGCAAAGCCUACCCGAUAAUUAUUCCGAACAGCUGUCGACAUUCGCUAAAAAGGGAUACCGAAUUAUUGCCAUUGCAUUCAAAGCUCUUGUUCAAAAAAUGAACUAUACAAAAAUACAGCGCCUAUCCCGCGAAGAGGUUGAGAAUAAUUUAGAAUUUCUUGGUUUUGUGAUACUCGAAAACCGCCUUAAGCCAGAUACUGCUAAAGUAAUCAAAGCAUUAAACUCAGCAAAGAUUCGAACUAUAAUGAUUACAGGCGAUAAUAUUUUAACUGCUAUGAGCGUUGCUCGUGAUUGUGGUAUAGUAAGCGCAUCGCAAGCUGUUAUAACAGUGCAUGCAGAUCCGCUUGGAGAUAGUGGAAAUAUACAAACCAAUAACACUGGUGCCGAUACAGAUAGCAUUGUUGAUAAAAAUUCAGACAGACUCUAUAAGCUGCAGUACACAUUAGAUUUGGGGAGUAAAAUCUCUGCCUCAUCUCUUGUAACAUCAAAGUGCAAUGGUAACCCUUUUCCCAAGGAAAAUCGUGAGGAUAAAUUCAGUACCGACGGUGCUCAAACUCUGUUUCGCCUAGAGUCGACGAAUUCAUUAGUAAAUGAAUCGAGCUCCAGUUAUGCAGAAAGUAUUCUGCCGACGAGUGAUAGCUUGGCCAGUGUAAAGACCACAGACACAUGGACCCACAAUGAGGCAACAGAUGUCGAGGCUGAGCUAGGAAUGAACCGCACUCAAGACGAAAGCUGGCGCCAACACUACAUAUUUGCAAUGGAUGGCGGAACUUGGCAAAUUAUAAAAGAUCACUUUCCAGAGAAUGGCAAUUCUUUUAACACGGGGGUCGAUUUACGCUCGAAUGUCACCCGAUCAGAAACAGGCACUAGUUAUAGAACUUCAAAAUUUGGACUACUGCGUUGCCAUGUGCGGUGAUGGCGCCAACGACUGCGGUGCGCUAAAGGUGGCUCAUGCUGGUAUUUCCUUAAGUGAGACCGAAGCGUCCAUUGCUUCGCCAUUUACUUCACGCAAUCCCACGAUUUCGGCUGUUUUAAAAGUAAUUAAGGAAGGACGCGCUGCAUUAG